AUGUCAUCUUGGCAGUGUGCUUCCCAGAAAAUUCCUAUUUCCUGUUCCAUUACGAAUGACAGAGGUACAAAGUUUUUUGACCAUGGAGCGAUUGCUAUUCCUGAACUAACAUUUGAAUCAAACAAACAGGAGUUUGAUUUGCAAGACUUUGAAGGAUCUUCCGUUUUGCGAUGCGGUUACCGAAAUAAAAUCUCUGGCCAUUGGUCUGCAGGCACCAGUUUCUAUAAACUGGGAGACUUAUUGGAGUCACAUCAUGCUUAUAAGGAUUGUUUCUUUUUACACACUUCAAAAAAUGCAGAUCUAGAAUCGCUGGACGAUAUUAUUCAAGUAGUCCAUAGUUUCAAACCCGUAAGCAAGGGUUCAAAUGAAGAAACCAAACCAGACAUCGUUUUGAUUUAUCCCGAAUCUCCUGAACCUCUUCUAUCUUUCCCUAAACGAAAGCCUCAAAAUCCUGCUUCUACAGCCGGUUCAAGAAACAAACAUACUUUGCCCAAAGAUUCACGGACGAAAGACAAGUCCUCAGAGGGGAACGAUGACACGGGAGAUACAGAAGCAUUACCCGAGGAAAAGACGUUUCUUCAGCGUUUUGGUCUCUAUCUUAUUCCAAUUCUAUUCUUACUUUUUGUUGGAACCUCCGGAGGAUCCCAAGCUUCUGGCAGUAGCAACAGGUAA